CAAGUAGCCAUCCUCCUUUUCUGGCUCGCGUGGUGCUUGCAGUCUGCUGGUUGUUUUACCGUGUUUCGGGGCUGUAAAAGUUGGAUUCAGUUUGUAUUGCUGCUGCCUAGGACUUCACAAAAAUGCGGACAAGACAGCACCCGUACUUGUUGGAGACUAUAUGGAUGGACAAGUACAAGUAUGAUGAAGCUGAAAAGUUGUUUUAUGAAGAACAGGCUAUGCUAACUGCUCUUGAAGCGGCAUGUACUGAUGUGGUGCAUGCAGUAAGUGGCAAUGGCCACAGAUACGUGAAUGAUGAUGCACUGAAGGCUACUCGAAACAAAGCACGAAAUGGGAACAAGAGAAGAAAGCACUGUCCUAUUACUAAAAAGUAUGCAUCUUCUGUGGAUUUUGUUUCCAUGGGUUUACAAGCUGAACAUGUGUGGUACAAUAAAUAUGUUUAUGAAGAAGCAGAAGCUAUGUAUCACAAACAGCUUGCAGAUUUACAAGGUCUGUCAGCCAUCAAAGAAAAAUUGCCAUUAGUGUCUGAAGUGGAUGUAGAUUCUUGUAAAUCCAUUCUUGGCUCAGACCCUCAAGUGAAGGGAUUGCCAUGUAAGCCAGAGGAGGUCAGAGCAGCACUGAGUUGCAGUCACAGUGUGACUGUUGCUUGCCAUCACAUAGUUCAUAAUGUCUGGCUCAAUAAGUUGAGCUUUGAUGAUGCUGAAUGCAGGUUUCUAGAAAGGCCUUCUGGGCUAAGUGUACCUCAGCAUCUGGAGUUCUUGCCUUUAAAGACUGGAACAGACUUCAAUGCACCACCUCGUGGAACUCCAGAUGAGGGUUAUGGCACUGCUGUGCCAACUCCUGCCACACCGGCAACACCUGGCUUGACUCGAGGUAGAGUUAUUUCUGCAGAGCCUACAUCUGGAAAUUUACCAGAUCUUACAGCAGCUCUAGCACCAAAUGGGAAACCACACUUGAGUAGCUUACAGGAGCUGGUGUCUGAGGUGUGGUACAAUAAGCGAAUGUAUGACGAUGCAGAGAGACGCUUUUAUGAAAAUAUGUACAGUAACUUUCCCGCAGCAAAAGAGGAACAACUUCAGAGCACUUUUCUAUAUCCAGUUGGUAAAAACAAAAAGAGCACACAACAGGAGAGCUCUUUUAGUAGCAGAGAGCAGCACUGUGUAGGGGUUCUUUCACAAAGGCCUGUACAGGCUGUGAUCCCCACACUUGUCUGUUAUUUUCUGCAUCAUGACAGCGAGCUGGUGUGGACUAGUAAGUCGAUGUUCGACAAUGCAGAGAGGUGUUAUUUUGAGUUUCAGGCUAACCAAAUGAAAAUCAAGACACUGGACCAGCAGAACCGUGGAAGUUUGCACAGUCGUACUUCUGUAGCUUCAGCUCCAUGUACAAAGACGUCAAAUCAUCUGGCAAAAGCAAUGGAAACAACAUGUUUAGGUCAAGAGAAAAUCUGGUUUGAUAAGUGGAGGUUUGAUGAUGCAGAGCGUCAGUUUUACGAACAGCAGAAUGGACCUGUAACAGUCUGCAGUAGCUCACAGGAAACUGGCGCUAGUACAAUCCUUCAAGACAUUGCCAGAGCCAGGGAGAAUAUCCAGAAAUCACUGUCCGGACUGAAGACCUCUCUUGGCAGCCCAGUUACUCCUCAGGCAAAAGUCGUUCACUGUCCUACAACGACUGCUGCUGCUCCUCUUCCUGCUCCUUCUGCCACGACGUGUGUAACAAUUUCCACUUCUGCUCCUGCAGCUGACUACAGUGGUCUGAUUGAAAGAGUGGCAAACCUUGAACUGGAAAACCAUAGCCUACGUCAAGUGAUUGAAGAUCUUCGUCAGGUUGUCUCCAAACUUGAAAAUCGGAUAACUGCAGUGGAGAAAUGCCCUGUGUCCAGCCAGCCAGAUCCAGUUCCAGCACCAGCACCAGCACCAGUUCCAAAAAGCAAGCCUACUGCCACAGCAAACGGUCACCCUGCAGAAGAGGAUGAUGAUGAUAUUGAUCUGUUUGGUAGUGAUGACGAAGAUGAAGAAUCAGAAAAACUUAAAGAAGAACGUUUGCGUCAGUAUGCAGAAAAGAAAGCCAAGAAACCCACCCUGAUUGCAAAGUCUUCCAUCCUUCUUGAUGUCAAACCAUGGGACGAUGAAACAGACAUGGCGAAGAUGGAAGAGUGUGUGCGUAGUAUACAGAUGGAUGGUUUGGUAUGGGGCACAUCAAAAUUGGUGCCUGUGGGCUACGGUAUUAAGAAGCUACAGAUCCAGUGUGUUGUGGAGGAUGACAAGGUUGGGACAGACGAACUGGAAGAGGAAAUCAUAAAGUUUGAAGAUUAUGUACAAAGCAUGGACAUUGCGGCUUUCAACAAGAUCUAAAGAUAAAUAAUUUUUUCAAUUACUGUAUUUAAUAAAGCUCAGUGAGUGAGAAUAAAGUUUUAUUUGGA